AUCAAUGCACUGCUGCUGCUGUUGUGGGAGAGAAGGAGACUGAAAACGGCCAACCGGGGCUCAUAUCUACAACAGACCAGGGUAGUUUGUACCACAGGUGCGAUAUGCGGAGCGUUUUGGCGUCAUGGUCCGCUGUGGUCCUCGCGAUCACCAGCAGCUCUCGGCACUGGGUCGCUGUGAGUUGCGACGACGACCUCGCUCCGGGCCGACGGCUCUCCUCCCGGACACGGUACUCGAGGUCCGAAUUGAGGAAGACCGAUCGCGGCCUGGUAGAUGGACACAAGCUGCAGCUGGAGCACAACGCCAUGGCGUGGAAGGAGGAGGACCCGGCCAUCCUCUAUAGCGGCAAAACCACCUACUCAGUCAUCAUAGUUGAGAGGUUACACCACACCUCGAACUUGAUCCGGGACAAGGAACGGGUGCGAGCCUUCGAAGACGGCAACACCACGGUGGUGUCGAUGCAGUUUGCGGACACUCUUCUUCGAGCGUACGACGACUCGGCCCCUCCUUUCUUCGUCGGGCACCCGGCGGAAGGGGUGGACAAGAGGGUGCGGCUUGUCUACCUCAAGGAAUUCUGGAACAAAAUCAACGACAAUCAGGCGUCUCACCUGCAGGCCUCUUGCGAGGAUCCGACGGAGACGACAGUGCUCGUCAUUUCCGACGAGACGUGCGAGCUGCCCGAGCUCCCGCCGGGGCUACCGCCUUCAUGCCGGGCCAACGUCGUUCGCGUGUUUCCCUUCAACAAGCCCAGAACGGAUGGCUUGCCGAGGAACGCCUUUUUGCCACUGGGUCCGCGAGACACGUUCCCUUUCGUCAGCGAAGACCGGCGACCGCUCGCUUCAAGCAGAUCGCUGCUUUUCAACUUGCAGGUCAGGCCCGACACGUCAGACAGGAGGGCAGAGCUCGUGGACAUCGCCAGUCAAUACGAGUCGGACAACCCAGACCUGGAGUGCGCCACCAAUAGGCCGCACAUCAACCCGAAAGAGUGGCAGGACCUGGUGCUCGACUCGAAGUUCACCAUUUGUCCCGCGGGGCGCAACCCCGGAACCUUUCGCCUGUGGGAAGCCUUGGAGGGCGGGUCGAUACCUAUCGUAUCGAAGCUGGACUUCACGCAGCCGGCGUUGGGUGCUCUGUCCACCCAGACCUGCGGAGACGGCGACGUCGCUUGGAAUAUAGUGGCCGCUUCUCCUUUCGUAGAGGCGGUCUCGGUGAACGACUGGCACGAGCUGCCGGCCCUCCUCGACAGACUGCGGCAGGAACCGGACGACUACAUCAACAAGCUUCAGGAGGAUUGCGUGGCGUGGCACGCUUCGGCGAUGACGCAGACGUAUACAAGCGUGCUCAACUUCGGCGAAGGGCACGACCUUUUCCCCCAAGACGGGCCACUCUUCGGCAGCGUUUAGGGAGACUAGUCAUUUUAGAGCCCUCAAUCCAUCCAUUCAUUCACCGCUUUCCCGUAGACAACGGGUGUGUUCAUGUCAAGCGGAAUCAAUGUGCGGAAGAGGUUUUGCUGGUGAAAGUUUCUACGCAAGUGCGGUCCGUUGUAUCUUCCAUAUGUAAAUUCAUGAUCGGACCAAAGUUACGUUGGUUUUCAACGUCGAGUUAGCCUUGGCAUUGGUUGUUGCCGUGUGUGAGGCGUAGAUACGAAAUUGCUCAUCUUCACGUUGCCGGCUUGCACAGUAUCCCGUGGUUUUGUAGGCGUUGAUGGCGAUAAUGCAGUCGUGUGCGCUAUACGUGCUGGUGGUACUUGUAAGUACCGGAGCAAAUAUUCUACCAGUACAUACCGACUGCUCAAACGACCUCAUGGUCCUACAGAGAGAGGAAGUUGUCCACGCGUUAGUUGAGUCUAGGUUAAAGUCGGCCUAUUCUUUGGUCUAUAAGAGUAUUAGACUAUUCGUCAAAACCCGUAUCACGGGUGAAUGUACAUUUAGACUUUGCGUC